AUGGCAGAGGUCGUAGAGGUACCCACCACGAAGGUGCUUGCUCAUGGAUUGGUGCUCCACGUCGCGAGAUCGACGUCAUCAUUGCGAUCCACCGUGACCAACUUCACUUCGCUCCUCGGACUGAACUCUCCCACAUGCUUGCAUGCCGACCGAUUUCGUCAUGGGUCGCCGAAAGUCGCCCGGCUCUCGACUCGUCUGCACCGAGUGGAUACCAUGACUUCAGGCCGUCACGGGACCCAACAUGAUUGGGAUAAGCGUGUGAGUAUGUAG